GUAGACUGCGUGUACGAGGCCCUGGAGCAGUCUUCACGGGGACCCGAACCUCUGCAGGUUCGCAUGCUGCUGGACUACACGCGAGGGUCGCGGGAAGACCACGGCGGCAAGUCGUCGCGGACGAUGCUCCUGCCGCUGCUGAGAGAUUUCGCCGACAGCGUCCAGGUGGCGCUGUACCACACGCCCGACCUGCGCGGCAUGUACAAGUUCCUCCUCAGAGGCAAGUUCAGUGAGACCGUGGGUCUGCAGCAUAUGAAGAUCUACCUGUUUGAUGAUGCAGUAGUCAUGAGCGG